UCUGGCAAGAACGCAUUCUUAAAUCGGUCGAACUGUAAUAAACUGUUAUUAAUUCAUUUCUUAACAAUUAUGCAGGUAAUUCGUAAGAGGAAAAUAAUGUUUGGCACUUUACUAUAUAACUAGUGAGAAUAUAUUUUUAAGGCAUCACUUGCAGUUCGUUUCUUUGCACAGCGGCACCAUGGCGGGAAAAUUUAAUUAUUUAACUUUACAGAGUAAAUGUGUUGUGAUUGUUAUAGCGUUCACAUCCCAAUUCGCAAGUGUAAAUUCAAGAUAUUAUGUCCCUACGGAGGAUGAGCCGAAAGCCCUUUUGUCCUGGAACGCCGACAAAUUUCCAGUCGGCGCACCGAUAAUUCCCGAUGCUUGCAAAGAAGCUGUUUUAUGUGAAUAUGUUAUAAACCAUCCAACGGAACUCGUGACCAUGAUUUUUAACAAGCUUAGUUUGAAAAACAUCACCAAGUUCACAAAUGAGGAUAUAGAUGAAAUCGAAUAUGACAAUGAUCUCGGGGAAAUUCAAGAUUUGUGCGAGUCAAAAAAAGAGAAGAUUAUCUUUCCCCGAGCCGCCAAAGACCAAGAUAACAAUUGGCAAUUCAUCUUGAAUAUGGAGGGACGAAAAUUUCAAAGCUUCCGAGUGCAUGAGUGUCUAAACGGUCACGAAGUUUCUUGCUCCCAAACUUUUUUCGUUAAAAAUACUAUGAGUUACAGUUUGGAGUGCGAGGAAGAAUUCGCCAAAAGGAAAAUGGUUUACUUGAAUCUAGAGAAGAGGGUAGUUGAAACAAGCUAUUUUGAAGUGCCAAGCUGUUGUUCAUGCUUUUUGAAACCGAGGUGAACGAGCUAUCGCGAGAUUGAACUUAUUAUGAAACUAUUUAGAAUAAAUACAAGAAUCUUGAAUAUAAAAAAAAAAGAUUUAGUGGUUAAAUGAGCAUACAUUAAAAGUCAAUCGAUUUAAAUCCUACGCUGCAUGUUCCAGAGAGAAGACCCAACUGCAGAACUUUUGUAGGUGUAUGUAAAUCGGUCCGCUGAGUUGUAAGCCCGCGGAUAGCCACUAAUUAGCUAUGCUAAUCAACUCAUUCAGUUAAGCUUUCUUACGAGACUGUUAUUGACCAUGGUUAAGAGGCAUUAGUCAUCAGUGGCAACACGCGCUACUUUUGACUGUCGUACAUAGAUCACAGUAGCAGUAUUAUUCUAAAAUGACUUUUUGAAACCGAGGUAGACGAGCUAACGCGAGAUUUAACUAUGUAACUAUAUGAAGUAAUUACCGAAAAUCUUAAACAUUAAGUAAAAGAUUUAUUAAUUAAUUUA